CAGUGGCGGCUAGCUAGAAGGUCUCGGUGAAGUCCCGAAAGCGGCGAGGCCGGAUUGGCCGACAAGGAACCCCGGUUCGUGCCGCGCCAACCAUUAUUACGGCGCAGCUACGCUAUUGCUGCUGGCUGUCUCGUUCGACUACUCAACAAACCAACAACCACUCGAUCCCACGUUGGAUCCACGGCACCACGCUCCUCACACCGUCUUACCACUUGGUAAUUUAUUCCGCCUCUCGUUGCGUCCUUUCAGUGGUUAAUAUUCUAUAGCUAAUUCAUCGAUCUGUGUGGUUGGUUCGUUGGUCGAACGAAUACUUCGACGUGUCCAUUUUUGAUAAAAUCGACAGAGAAGCGCGAGUUCUCUGUCUUUUUGUUCAACCAGCUAACCGGUCUGUAGUUGGGCGCUCGAUCAAGGGCCGAACAAAUUUCUUAACGCGUCGAGAAAGAAGAAAAUCGAUAGACGAGGGAGAAGAAGAAAAGUGACAUUUUUGUUAAUUAGUUGGUUAAUUAAAUGGUCGAAUAAAUUUCUUUCGACGUGCGUCCUUUUCGACUAAAGAAAGUUGACGGAAGAACAGUGUAUAUCGAUUUCCUAAAGCAGUAUUUGGAACGGUGACGUAGAAGUGUAACGAAGUAUGAAAGCCAACUGCUGUAUCUUGGCGAAGAGAAAACAACAGGUUUGGCGAGUUUGACGAAGUGAUUCUACUACAGAAAAGAUAGCGGGAUAGUGCCAGUAUCAAAUAUACAUGAUAAAUAUGUGCGAUCCAAGGAGAAAGUGAAGAAUCUCGAUAAGGAAGAUCAAGAACUCGAAGAUAGCUAACGAAGAAAAUACCAAAGAUAAUAGAAAAUCGCUUUAUCCUGCAACCAAAGCCUAUCGUCGCAAUCGUUAUUCCAUCGAAAUCUAUCUUUCGAAAGUGCGAUACUCGGAAUAUUUCUCCAAAAAUUCUCGAGUUGAUUAAAUAUCGCCACGAAAAUUGCGAUACCUAGGUAUUAUACGAAGUAUUAUAUACGAUAAUGCUUAAAUAUUAUCGCCCAACGAUCAAAUAUAUCAAAUAUACCACGUAUAAGUUAUAAAUAAGAUCAGAACAUCGUCGGAAAAUUUCUGAUCCAAGUGAUCGUAAAAUCAAAGAAACCUGAGUGAAAGCACUCACCUCGUCGAACCGCAGCACCAGGCUGUUAAACCUGACGACGAUCCUCCUGGCGAACAUGGAGAAGAAAGACAGAGCCUGAUUCGUCUAGCCGAUUAUCGAGUGAAUUUGCCAAGAACGAAGAAGCCAGGUAAAAACGACGAAACCACUGGCGAUUAAAGACUCAACUGGACGAAGGAGGAAUAACAACUCCGGAAAAUCGAUCUCCGCGAGCGUUGCAUAAGACGCUCCUCGGACGUUUCGUUUUACAGAAACACCUCUACGAUUACACUCGAUACCGGAUCACGAGAAAGACCGUAAAAAUAGACGAUCAUCGUUCGAAAAACAUGGGAAUGAAGGAAGGAGAGGUGAGGAAGAUCGCUGGCGAUGGUCUCUCGGUGAAUCUAUGUUCCAACAAGCAGAUCCUCGAGAUCACCGGCGACGGAUGCGACAUUUCGAUGUCGAAGAACCGAGGUAGCGUGAAAGUAAUCGGCGACGGUUGUCGAUUGAGGAUCGACCAGAACAUGGGAGACGUGGAGUACACGGGGGAUGGUGGGCAGGUUCUUUUGGGUCCAAAAUCGAUCAAGGAUAAAGUAAAGUAUCACGGCGAUGGCGGUAGAAUAAAGUUCGACGUUGAGUUGAGGAUGAGGAAUCGGAAGUCGGAAGUUUCGAAAGAGGAGACGGGAAAAGGAAUGGACGAAGGAAGGAAGAGGUCCGAGGAAAGCGAGGAUGCCCUGAAGAAAGAGAAUUCGCAGGCGGAGAACGAGGAAAAGAAAAAGAAUAGAAGAAAAGAGAGACGAGACGAUUUGGGUGGUAAGGAGGAGAAGAAGGGAAGAUCGACGAGGACUAAGAUCGUUACGACUUUUGUAUACGAUGAAAAGAUCGUGAAAAAGUGGUACACGAAUCCGGAAGCGUCCACCAGGACUUUGAAUGGAGUGUCCUCCGUGAGGAUCGUGCCGAAUAAAACGAAAACGAAAAUCGAGGUGAAAUAAAGGAGAAAAUGUGACAAACAACGGGAAAAUUGUACGAUUCUAGGAGAGCAUUCUAAAUCAGAACCCAACCGAAUGGUUCUUAACCAGAGAGGUGCAUGCUCGAUCGAUAGUGGUAGAUUUAUCGUAGUAAUUAAUCACCUGAGUCUUGAAUUCCUAUUUUGACUAGUACCGAAAUUGUUCGAUUUCGAUCUUCACGAUACGCAUUUGGAAAAGACGAAGUUUGACUUAAAAUCGUGAAAUACUGAUUUCAAUAGUCGAACCACGUUGAAGAAAAAAUUAAAAAAACGGGGAAAAUGUAAGAAAUGCUGUGUUAAAUUCUCGCGAUCUAUGUCUGAUUUAAAGUUCCUACACGUGGACGGAGUUGGAACUGUUAAAACAUUUAGGAGGAUGAUCUGAUCGUGGAUCGAACGUUUGCGUAAAACUGACUAGUGCGAAGAUACUUCCUCGAUGAUUCUUCGUGGAAGAACUUUUCGACGAAAUCUGGGAUGCCUGGAAUCGAGUAAUCGCGAGAAAACGUAGAUAAAAGACAUCGGCGAUAUCGUGAUCGAUCAAACUAAUACCAGGGUUUCUUCCAUUUCUCGUUUCAUCCUUCUUAUAAAACGGUGUCAGGUAAAAACAAGGAAAUAUUUGAUAAAUAUCUCAGCGAAAAAUAAUUUAAUUGUAUUUUCCUUUUAACUAUAAUUCUCUUAGUUCCUAAUCGUGAAUUUCGUUUGUUCAUCUCGUAGAGACCAAGAUAUCGAACAUUUUUAAACAAAUUUGUAAUUUUUUUACGUCUUAUGUUGUAUACAUCAUAAUAAUUCAAUCGUCAACUGUAAUUAAUUUUAUAAUUUGUUAAUUACGAAUGUUCCGUUUAAUUACUUAUUUAUUAGAGAUAGAUAAAUAAUCGAGUUAAUUUGAAAAUGCCCAAGUACGAUCUACUUGUUCGAUAGUUCAUCCAUUUACAUUCUAAUAAUUACGAUAAACGCCCAUGAAAUAUUUAUAAGUAAUUAGCAAUUGUACGUGUGAUCGAUAUUUCAGUAUUUCAUUAUUUCUUAUCUACUUAUCGUUAUCGUUGUCGGGCAACUCAUACGGACAGUACAAACCAUAGAUGGUAUAAACACGUUCCAUAAACACGAGCGAUAAUGAACCUCGCGAAAUACUUAAUUACUAGUCAAAAAUAAGUAGAAGAAUAUGCCGAUACGAUUUAGUAUCUCUCGCUUAUUUUUUACUCGGCCACAUGGUUAUUUACGAGCUUCUAAGUUAGGAACUUUUAGCGAGCUUACUUUAUAUUCGACCGAUAUAUGUAUUUGCGUAUGGCGAAUUAUGUACCGAUCUAAUUGUCAGCGAAACUUUGUUACCAUCGGUGAAAACUUGCAAUUACGCUAUGUUUUCUAUAGAUUCCGACCACUUAAGAAGAAAAAAAGAAGAUAAAUUGGAUUUCUAUCAUUUUAGAAAAUUCUGUAACCAAAGAUCUAUCGGUCUAAAGGAAAUUUCCAUCGACAUCACCAGUAUUAGUUCAAAUAUUUGAAAUACAGGUGUACGCAAUUAAUAAAUUAGUUGGCAAUUUUUGACUGGUUGUCUAUUUCAGUGCACGUGUACCUAAGGAAAUUAAAAGAUACCAAGUAUCAAAUGGAAGAUGCGCAUUUGUCUAAUAAAUUACGUAUUAUAGAAUCAAA